AUGGAAAUAGACAACGAUCCAGCUCAAGAAACAAACAAUAUCAUCAUAAGAGAAUCAUUGACCGUCAAAAAUGGCCAUGCUAUGAUUGGGAAUAGCUUUGAUGACGCCGCUAUCAAAUUAACUGAACAGUUAUCCAAACUGACACUGGAGAAUAAAAAACUGGUUCAGGAAAGGGAGUUUGAAAAACUUUUUGAUCAAGCCAAAGCCAAAAUAGAAAAAUAUGAACAAAAGAAUCAAGAUUACGAAUUCGAAAGUCAUUUGGCAUAUUUAAAUGAAGUAUUGGAUAAUCAGGAGGAUCUAACAGUUUACCACAACACACCAUCUAUUAAAGCCAGACAGAUGAGGGUCAGAACAGCUCAGAGACAAUUAGAAUUGAACAAAAAUAACUUACUUCAUAUUCUAACUAAAGAAGAAUUACAAAAUCUUUGCGGACAUAAAGAAGAAAUAACUAAAUUAAAAUUGCAAUUAGGAUAUACGGAUGCUCAAACUCAAUGA